AUGACCUACGAUCUUACGCUCGCAAAGUUGGUGGACUUGGCCAUCGGAACCCCCGAGGUGGGAACCUUCGAUCUUACGGCACUGCACAGUUUGCUGCACAUCAUCGUUCGCAAGUUGGGUUGCCAAAAGUCACAAGUGGAACUGCUACCCGAUCACAAAGGGAGACUCGAUUGGCUAAUUGAAUCGUUGGAUGAGAACCCGUCCGUUAACGUAGCAGUUGAACAAAGAGAUGGCGAUGAAGUCUUCCAAGUUCUAAAAUUUGAGAUUCAAGAACAAGAGCAAGUGGAACAGAGCACGGAGAGUGUUUCCAAUAGCUCCGACAUGCAGGACAUAUCACAACGGCUGUCAACUCUGGAAAGUGUUGUAUCUGUUUUGCCAAGCCCGGAAAAGCUACAGCGAUAUCAAUCUAGUCGAGAAUCGUUGAAGCCUGAGGAAUCGGUUGACUUCUUGAAUAUGGCCUCCCGCCUGGACACCAUCGAGGUCAGUUUAGGGAAGUUGACUUCUUUGGCUAACGAUCUGCUUUUGGAAUUUGCUCGCUUGGAGAAGAUGGUACUUCCGUAUCUGGAAGGUGGCGAUAUAGCCGUCAUGAAGACCCAAAUUGAUAACAUAAACCAUCUUUUGACGACACAGUUUCCCGGAUUCUGCUCCAGGCGCUCGUCGGACCCACAACGUGCCUCAAAGCGAUUGACGAUCAAUGCACUUCCAGAAGAUUUCUACACUCGAGGAGUUCCUACAAUAGCACAGUUACCAACAACCGCCACUAAACGUACCAAUUCUCGCUUUCAAUCCAUGAUGGUACCAGAUCAGCUGGAGAAAGAGGUCGAGUGCAUCAAAAGUGUUCUGAACGGUUUGAUCGGGAUGUUACCGCUUCCAGAUGCUUCCGGGAGCGAAUUGGUUCUAAGUAAUUCAGAGAUAUCGUGCGAUGAGUCCCAGCCCGCCAUGAGAACUAACUUCCAUCAGAAGGCGGCCAGUGCCAUUAUUAAUCUACGUUCCGUUCAGAAGGAAAUAGACGAGAUUUUUCUCGAGAAAGAAGAACGACUAGUCGCUCUGGAAACGGCGCAUAAAGAAGUUCUUGAUUUAGGAAGCAAGUUGCAAGAAACUAGCGACACAAUUAGAGAACAGUUUGAUGUGUUGGAGAGCAAGUUAGAGCAGAUGAGAGAAGAAUUAGUUUUAAAUAUUGAAGAUCGUUACAAAAGCCUCGAAAUUAAACUUGAAAAACUAUCUGAAAAUGUUGAAUAUCUCAAUAAUGACACCGUAGGACGAGUUAUCCAGCUGGAAAUGCAAAUCGAAGAUCGUCCAGACUUUGCCUUGUUCAGAACCCGAGUAUCGUUGGAAACAUUCGAAACGGAACUUGCUAUUCUCAAGCAGUGCAUGGAAGAUUUCAAACUAGAAUUCGACAGAAACGAUUUGCUACAACGAAUCGAUGCCGUGGCGUUGCAACUCUGCGAAAAGGUGGACCACAAGGAACUGUCUACGUUGGAGAUGAAAACCAAUAAGAAGUUGUCGCUGUUGCAGUUACGUUUGAACAAAUUUCUAGCACUUCAAGAGAGCAUCGAAGCGGCCGGAACUAAGCUCAAACUGUCCGGCAACUUUAAGUGCAUUUCCUGUGACCACGAAGCUACGGCGAAAGCACUGGCGGAAGUUGCACCGCAAUCAAAUCCAUUCCGAAGUAAAGUGCACUACCCGUAUGAAAUGGACGCUGGACAUGAGACUCGCAAGAAUCGGUACUGUGCCGGUUUGCACACUGCAGCUACACUGGCGCGUAAACCGAGGAAAAUCAACGUACAGCGGAUGUGUGAAUCUUUGAAACUGGAUCAGCAACUGGACUUGGGUUUGCACGUUGUGUCGCCGGAAAAUCCCGCUUAUAAAAUUCAUUUGUAG